AACUUGAUAGGGUUUUUUUUUUAUUAUUUUACCGUGUUAUCUACCUGCUGUCAGCAGUAUAUAAAUGGUCGAAAUUUAUAUUAAAGACGAAGUCAAACUAAAGAAGUCUAAAAAGAAGAAUAAGGCAGAAGGUGUCUAUAUAUCCAAUUAACAACUAGCAAAUUAUAUCAGUCUCAAACUGUUAAAUAAAUUGAAGUCUUCAAUAUAGUCGUAUCUAUAUUGCUGCAUCAAAAUGAUGUUCACACAUUUACUGUCGUUUUUUCUAAUAGGUACUUGUAGUAUUUAUGCAGUAAUUGCUUAUGGUAACGUAAAUUACUUUAGUGAAGAAUUGGUACAACCACUCGACUUUCAUCAAGCCUUGGAAAAAUUCAAUAACGACUUAUACAAGAAUGCAGCGUCAAAUGGAUCCAUACAAAAUGUUUUAUUAUCUCCUUUGAGUAUAAAUAUACUCUUAGCUAUACUUGCCGUUGGAGCUGCAGGAAGAACUAGAUCUGAAAUAGUCACAGGUAUCAAUCAGCCAUUACAGUCGGGCGCACAAAUUUUAAAUAACUAUAAGUUGAUGGUGGAAAACUUGAUGAAUGUCACAGAUGUAGAAUUACAAAUGUCUAACGCAAUAUUCGUCGAUCAUAGUAUAAGACUUAAGAAAUCAUUUCAAGACGAAUUAUUUAAUUACUUUAAAGCACAUGAAUUUUCAGUGAAUUUUAAAACUCCAAUACCAACAGUAGAUAAGAUUAAUGGAAAGAUUUCGGAACAAACAAAUAACAAAAUCAACAAUAUGUUAUCAACAAAGGAUAUAGAUGAACGAAGUACUAAAGUAGUCAUCACUAAUGCCAUUUACUUUAAAGGUGAAUGGAAGUAUAAGUUCGCCAAUGUUACUAAUUUGGUCUUUCAUGACUAUCAUGGUCAAACUAAAAUCGUACCUACUAUGACUAAAACAGGUCCAUAUAGAGUGUCAUUUGGAGAUACAGCAAUAAAGGCUCGAAUGAUAGAAUUGCCAUAUAAGGGUGACGAACUUAGUAUGCUUAUCGUGAUUCCUUAUGAAAUGAAUGGUCUGGACGAUGUUGAAAGUAGUUUAGAGAGAGUAAACCUUAGAAACCACAUAAAAUCUCUAAUGCCUUUUGAAGUUAAAUUGAAUUUGCCUAAAUUUCGGGUUGAAGCUACCACUGACUUGUAUGAUGCUUUAAAUAAGAUGGGUAUAAAUGAAGCGUUUACAGAUAUCGCAAACUUCAGUCGCAUUACAGAUGGAAAUCUUUCUGUGAGUAAAAUGAUGCAUAAAACUUUAAUUGAAGUCAAUGAGAAUGGUGCUGAAGCUGCUGCAGCUUCAGUUGCAGUUUUAGGGUUCAGAUCGAUGAAAUCCGAUCCUCCUGAAUUUAAUGCUAAUCAUCCGUUUCAUUAUAAAAUUAUUAAAUCAAUUGAUAAAAAUAAUCAUGUUGUAUUGUUUGCUGGUAACGUCAAACAUAUACAGUAAUUUAUAACAUACAAAUUAUGGAGUUACAUGAGUUUGCAAGGCCAAAAUACACACAUUAGAAGAAAAUUCUAAAUUUAAGAAUAUCUUGUAAGCGCCUAUUUAAAAAUAUUUUUUCAUGCAUUUAAUUUUUAAAGUUAGAAAAAAAUACAUAUUGUGUAAUAAUUAUCUGGAAAUUUUUAUAAUGUAACCAUUUAUAAAAGAAUAUAAAUUCAAAUUUAAAUGUA